UUCAGACUUUUAUUUUGAAAGACACAACCGGAAGUCCCUUAGUGCCCUGCUUGACUGUGGUCCUCCUCAGCAUCACUGCAUCUUCCUCCGUCUGCUCCCCCAACACCGAGCGCUGACCCCGUUAGAGACCCUCUGAACCCGGGAUAAUGGACGGUGUUCCCCCGAUCGUCGACAUCGCCAUCUCGCUGCGGAUCCAGCCCAACGACGGGCCCGUGUUCUUCAAGGUGGACGGGACCCGCUUCGGCCAGAACCGGACCAUCAAACUGCUGACAGGAUCCAAAUACAAGAUCGAGGUGGUGCUGAAGCCUGGAACCGUCGAGGCCAUCAACAUGAACAUCGGAGGCAUUGUCUUCCCUCUGGAGGAGCAGUCACGGGACGAGGAGUCGGUGGUUUAUCACGGAAAGUACGACACCGAGGGCGUCCCGCACACCAAGAGCGGAGACCGGCAACCCGUGCAAGUCGCUAUGGAGUUUAUCAAAGCCGGGACGUUUGAGACGGUCUGGCAGGCGAAGUACUACAACUACUACAAGAGGGAGCACUGCCAGUUCGGGAACAAAUUCACCAGCAUCGAUUACGAGUGCAAGCCCAACGAGACGCGGACCCUCAUGUGGAUCAACAAGGAGUCCUUCAACUGAGUCUGCUCGUCCCCCCACAAACACACAGCAGAGGACCGGAUACCUUCCAACAUCAGCUUCACUAUACAAGGACAUGUCAGCGGGGGUAUUUGUGUUGUUGGGACAAAAUAGCUGUUUGCUAUGCUAUUCUUUGAAGGUUUUUUAUGUUGUUUUGAAGCUGCGGCGGUGCUUUUUGGCAGCUUCACAUGCCAGAAACAGGGUAUAGUCUAGCUAACAUUUAAACACCUAUACAGUGACGUACAUUAACUGCACACAGCGGGAUCAUGUCGGCCAACACGGCUGGUUUAAAAUGUUUUAUAUCAAAGGAAGCAGGGAAGGGAAAAACCUUGGGAAAGAUCUUAGCUUACAAAUGCAGUUUUCUCUCGUUUAUCUGUGUUUAAUGUUCAAACCAUCGUUUACUCUGUGUACAAAUACUUCCUUUCAGUAACUAAACAUCAAGAGCAGCAUCACAUGGAAAGUUACACAUAGCGUUAAAGGAACAGUUGGACAUUUUGUGAAAUACGCUUGUUUUCCAUCUCGUUUUAGAAGAUAUAUAGACAUUUAACCUCAGUUCUUCCAAUACAGAGAUAAGUCCAGGAUGUGUUAGCUUAGCGUAGCUAAAAUACUUUAGGCAGGGGGAAACCCUUUUCUUACCUCUAUGUUAGAUUAUGUAGGAUUCUAAGGACUUCACUGCAAUGGUUUUUUCCUUACUUGCUUUUCAUGCAUGGGUUUCCCCCCCCCCCCAUUAGGAGCAGAGUAGAUUUGCAGAAAUCUGUGAAUUUCUGCCCAAAACUAACCUCUAUUUAAAUUCUUUAGACAACUGUCUCCAUCUUGAACCACCGCUGUUGUCCUGUGGUUGAUUAAACACAGAACCUGUAUCUCUGGAGGCGUUCAAAUAUGUCAAUCCUCUAAUGUCAUUCUGGAGAAGGAGGGAAGACAAAACCUUUUUAUUAUCCCAGAACUGAUCCUUUAAGUGGAAUUAAAUAAGCCUUUAAAUUAUAUGCAAUACCCCCUGAUAACUAAAUAUAUCUCUAGCUGUGAAGGACCUAGUGAUGGAAGACACCUGUAGGAGAAAUAACUAUUUUAUCUUAUUUAUUAAAUGUGUGGAUGUGUCUGUGAGAAAGAAGAUGUAAUGUAUGUGAGCGUGAACAUCAUUGUAAUAGUUUUGACUUUUCUUAUGUGUUAUUUAUUGUGUUAUUUAAUGGAAAAAUCUGUUCAAACAAGGAGGUAGCAUGAAGGGAUGUUUCUUGUUCUUGUAGAUAACUCGACAAUUUCAGACAUGUUCAGAUUUUGCCAGCUGCAGAAAAUGUGAGUUUUGAGGCAGAAAGCAUUGAAAGUAUCUAAAACCAAUAAGCAGCAAUCUGUUUCUGGUUGGUAUGACUGAUUUUUAACAACCACACAGGUACAAAUCCGUCAAGAAUAGGAAAAAUAGACAGAAAAUGAAAGUCAGGUUUUCCAAAAGAAGCUACAUUUCUGUAGGAAUUUGAAAAAACUCACAGACACAAUGAUAUUUAACAGUUUGAGUGGAUGAUGGUGGAUGCUUCCUUUAAAUGAUAAGGCUGGUGUUACUCUACAUUUCAACAAAUCCCAUGAAAAGACCAAAACGUAUCUUCUGAUUUCCUGUCAGUCACUCUGAGCUCCAAGCUGAUUGGUUCCUACCAACCUAACUAAUUAGUUAUUAACAAACAAACAAGAGGAAAUGGUGCAUUUAUUGGGGACUAUUUCAGUGGCAGAUGAAUCCACAUUUGGUACUUUAGUGAGUAUUUGUGGCAGCUGAACGGUGUGUGUGUAUUGGCUCAAAAUAAACGACAGUGUGUGUGUGUUCCUAAUAAAGGAACAUGUCACCAGGGCAUCAGUGAGGCUCAUUGAUGUGUUUUAAUAGCUUCUGAACAACAAUGGAGCUCUAUGGCACACAGGAAGAAGAUAUUUCAGGUUUUCGGCUCGUAUUAGAUAAAGGUCUAUUCUUAGGAUUUGUUGACAAAAAUAAAAGUACAAGACUGAAACGUUAAGCCUUCAAACGCCUCCGUCCCUCCACCUGAAAGAGGACAAAUUAUUCUGUCUUUUAUUUUCAAACAGGAUGCUUAUUGCAGGCUGCGAGUGCUUCUCUUUCUGAAUCUCAAUGUACCGCCAAGGACUCUCUGUCCUCUGUUCUCUCCUGAAGUGCAUGGCUGGAUUCAUUUCUUUUGCCAAAUAUGAUCUGUUUGUUUGUUUUUUGUUAAAUGCAUAAACCUUGCUGUUUUGUUAUGUGUUAAAAUGAGGAGUAUAAAGUGUCUUUGUGAAUAAAACAAAAUACUGAAUCAA